AUGUCUACUGCUACACAAACUCUUGGUGCUACUACCAAGUUAAGUCAACAUGAAAUCAUUCCCGCUCCAAAUGAUGUUGGUGCAUUAGCAAACAGAAUUAAUAAAGAAACUAGAAGUUUACAUGACAAGAUUGAUAAAGUGGUUACCUUAAAAUUCGCCAUUGCUCUUAAAAACUAUAAGAUUUUCCGUCAAGGUCUUCAGGCAUUCUACCAUGUGUUCGAUGCGAUUGAAACCAGUUUAUAUCAACAAUUAGAAAUCGAUGAUGAAUGGACCGAAAUGUUCAAACAAGUCUGGAAACCAGAAAUCGCUAGAAGAGAAAAAGCUCAACAAGAUUUGAUGUUUUAUUAUGAUGACAGAAAGGAAAAGUUUAUGCACCCAGUGAUGUCUGAGCAAGUUGCUUUUGCUAACCAUAUUAAGGAAGUUACCAAAGAAAAGCCAUAUUUGUUGUUUGCCUAUUUACAUGUUAUGUACUUGGCUUUAUUUGCUGGUGGUAGAGUUAUGAGAUCUUCUUUUGCUAGAGCCGCUGGUUUCUACCCAAGAAAGUCUGGUUUAAGUCAUGAAGAUGUUAUUAAAAUGGGUGCCAAUUUCUUUACCUUUGAUGUUGCUGAUGAAAACUUGUUUAGAAUUAUUUAUAAGAGAGACUAUGAAUUGGUCACCAGAAAUGCAUUAACUGAAGAGCAAAAGUUGGAAAUCAUUGAAGAAUCAAAGUAUAUCUUUGCUCAAAACUUGAAGGUUGUAACUGAAUUAGAACAACAUAAUCUUGAAAAGUUAACCAAGAAUUGGACAUACUAUGCUAUCACCAGAGGUUACUACGUUGUAUUGUUCCUUCUUUUGGUGGUAAUAAUGUUCUACCUUAGAAAGAUUGUUUUGCAAUUUAUUUAA